AUGAGUAAAGAUCGAGCCGACCUCCCGCGCCCUGGCCGCUCGCAGGACGCGCCAUCAGAACAAGACAUGCAAGUUGCACGUGUUGAUGUACACGAUGCACGUGGCGAUGUACACGAUGUACGUAGCGAAGGCACGCAUACAGAAGACGGUGAACAGGAUGAGUAUAACCUCAAUGGAUUGCAUGCUGAUGAUGAUGAUGAGCGUGAGAAAUGUUCUGAGAAAGAGGUGAGAGAAUGGAAAGCACAGAAAGCUGUAGAUAAAGCAGGUUUUACAAAGACAAGAAGAAAACUGGCGUCGUUGCUGGACGAUGUGUUGGAAGAGUUAGGCCUAGACACCGAUAGGGAUACAUCCUUGAGUGAAGAUGCCCGUAAUCAAAUAGAAGCAGCUGCCAAGAAGGUUGAUGAUGCUCAAGAGAGGGCGAUGAGAACCAUGUCGAAGCUGACCUACGCGUAUUUAGACAAUGGAAAACUUGAAGAUUUCGACAAAAUCUCUGAUGAGAUGGAGAAGAUUGCGCAAGAGUAUGACGACAUAAGCAAGAAACUCGAGGAGUUUUAUGUAUCAACGAAGAAAAAGCGUGUUGAGGAAACGCCAGUAGUAACCAGCAGUCCAAGAAGGCCGCCCCCUAGUGUUACCACUGCCAGUGGUACCAGUGACACUAUCACCAGUCGUGGUACUACCACUACUAGCAGCAGUAGUACCAGCCCAAGCUCAAGACCAGUUGCUGCAGCGGUCACGACCAGCAGUUCCCGUAGAGUCUCAUCCGGAAGUUCCAGUUCUCAGGCCGUUGAGUUUGAUCCUACAAGGCAUUUAACCCGCGUUACUAUCCCCAAGUUUAGUGGUGAUAAGAGAAACUACUCAGCAUGGAAGGCUGCCUUCACUAGUUGCGUCGAUGAAACCACUAUCACUGCAGAGUACAAGCUGUUGAGACUUAGAGAAUGCCUUACUGGUGAAGCUCUGAAAGUUGUUGAUGGGUUGGGGUAUUCAGCGUCUGCAUAUGAAGUUGCUAAGGAUCGCCUGGAGAGAAAAUACGGAGGCCAGAGGAGGCAGCUUAUCCUGAGACUGGAUGAGUUAGAGAAGUUCAAGCAAGUCCGUGAUGGGAAUGCAAAGGAUUUAGAGAAAUUGGCAGAACUAUUAGAUGUCAUCACAGUUAAUUUGAAGGAUGCGCACCAGGAAUCUGAAUUGGGCAGUGGCAGUUUGUUUCUGUCAAUACAGCGGAAACUGAGUGAGCUUCUCCUUGCACGCUACCACAGAUGGGCCUAUGAUAAAGCAAAAGAGAAAACUGUGAUGUCCCUUCGAGAAUUUGUAAAUGAAGAAACAGAGUUUCAAGUCAACGCUAUGGAAGCCAUCAGUGGUGUGAGGGAUUUUCCCAAGAAAGACCCAAGAAAAGAUAGGAGCUUUGUCACGUCACAAAGUAGCACAGACCGUCAAUCACAGUCACACUCCGGAGCCAUGGGAAAAUACACCAGAUCAUGCAAUGUAUGCGGUUCAGAGCAUGGAGCAUGGGAAUGUGACAGCUUUAAGGCGAUGUCAGUGGACCUGCGGUGGAAAACAGCCAAAGAAAAGAAACUUUGCUACAGAUGUCUUAGCGGUAAUGGUCACAGAGCAGAAAAGUGCCCAAGGACACGUCAAUGCAAGAUAGAUGGCUGCAAACAGACACACCACCGGUUGCUGCAUGGAAAAGCGAAGAGAGCUGAGAGUCGUCGACCCAUGGAAGGGAGUGGUAACUACCAAGACUCAGAUGAGAGCACAAUGGCAACAGUGACACUGGCUGCAAAGAACUGGAGUGAAAUCGCGCUGAGAACCGUUCCAGUCAUAAUAAAGCAUGGUGGAAAAAGAAUAAAGACUAACGCCUUGCUAGAUGAUGCGAGUACAUCGACCUACAUAGAUGCAAACUUAGCUGCAGAACUCGGAGUGCAAGGGAAAAUUGAACAAACCACAGUUAACGUCCUAAAUGGAAAGCUGAAGACAUUCACCACCAUGCCAGUUGAAGUGGGAAUAGAAAGUUUGAAUCGACGAGUAGAUAUGAAGAUUUGGGCAAAGACAGUGGAUAAAGUCACGGGUGAUUUAAAAGCAACAGAUUGGUCUUUGAAGCAGGAUCAAUAUAGCCAUUUGAAAGAUAUCCGGUUUCCAAAGAUUGGUAAGAGAACCUCAGUGGAUCUCCUGAUAGGUGCAGAUUACAGUGAGCUACAUCAAAGCAUUCGAGACGUCAUUGGUCGACCUGGUGAACCAACAGCGAGAGAGACAAGACUGGGAUGGACGUGUAUCGGUCCGGUAGGGACUCCCUCGGGCCAAAAGAGGGAGGCAACCAACAUGGCUUACAGCUUCUUCACCAAGGAGUCGCCAUUGCUGCAUGAAAUCAAUGAUAACCUGAGAGCAUUUUGGGAGAUAGAGAGCAUCAGCAAAGUGAAUGAAGGACAAACCCCCUUGAAUGAGAGUGAUCGGAAAGUGCUGCAGAAUGCCAGAUCGUCAGUCAAGAUAGUAGAGGACAGAUAUCAAGUGGCCGUACCAUGGAAGGGAAACCACCACCCAGCAAUGCCAGAUAGCCGGGAGAUGGCUGAGAAACGGCUGAUAUCAACAGAGACCAAACUGCAGAAAAAUCCAGAGCUUGGAAAAAGUUACUCCCGAGUCAUUCAGCAAUACCAAGAAAAGGGUUACAUUAAGAAGAUCAAGGAUGAUGAGAGAAAUAGUCAUCAGUGGUACCUACCACACUUCCCUGUGGUCCGUGUCCUGACAAGAGCACAACAAAAACAAGGAUAG